GAAAACCACUACAGAAAAAGCCAUGGGAAAUUGCUUAGUGCUGCAAGAGAAGGUUGUCAGAAUCAUGAAAACAGAUGGAAAAAUUCUUGAAUACAAAACACCCAUCAGAGUGGAAGAGGUUUUGCUACAAUUUUCUGGGCAUGCAGUAUCAGAAUCUCUCACAGUCGUGCGGUAUCUGGAGCCUCAGACAAAGUUGGUGAGAGGGCAGUUAUACCACCUUGUGGCUCUACCACCACCAUCACCAAAAACUAACAAGAAGGUGAGGUUCGCGGAUCCAGAAGUUCAAGAUGUACAGAAAAGUAACGUGGUUAGGAUCAAGCUUGUUAUUAGUAAGCAUGAACUGCAGAAUAUGCUGCAGAAUGGAGGGUUUUCUGUUAGUAAUAUGUUGUCUCUAGUUGAUGAGGUUAAGGUUGAAGAUUUGUCUCAAAAGAAUGAUGAUGUCUCACAAGGGUGGAAACCAGCGUUGGAAAGCAUACCUGAAGUAAAGUAGCAAUGUAUUUCAAGUUCCAAUACAGUUUCAUGCAUCAAUUUUCCCUUUUUUUUCUAGCUUGCCUUAUACAGUGUAACACACAAUAGAUGAAAAAGGAAAGAACUUUAGACUUA